AUGGCUCGGCAGACAGGCACCACCAAGCCAAAGGCAACUACUAAGCCAAGACACACAAAGUCGAGAGACGCCUUAUCAGCAACUGGUAGUGGCACUAGCAAGAAGGACAAGAAGGAGAAAAAGCUCCCUCGUCUCGAAUUCACAGAGCGUGCGCUGGUUGCUGCUUCACGCCGGGAUGAUCGCUCCUUGGAGCUCCGGAUAGAGUCCGCUCACAAGGCGAGUGCCAUUCACAAGGCACGUACUGGGAAAGGAUUUUUCGUCUCAGAGGCCGGAGUGAUCAACAAGGAAAUGUACGAAGAAGACGCUCUGUUGCCGAGAUUCACAGCCAUGGGCUUGAGCGCGCCCCCUGGAUUCGUCGUUGAUCCCAACACGGUGAGAGACCUGCUGGCAGAGUCUGACCGAAGUUGGCGUGAAAACGAAGUCAACAAGAUGUUUGCUCAGAUGUUUCCGCAUGCCGACGAGCACGCCCGAAGAUACUCUCAGCAAUCUCCUCUCCAGCCAUAUUCCCCCCCUGAAUACUCUCCUUCAUCUAUGCCGUCUUCCAUGUCGCCUACUUCUCCGCCUCCGGCAUUUGAGUCCCCGUCCACCAUGCAACUACCUCAGCAAUCUCCUCACUUUCCUCCAUGGGGCUCCAACAACAUAGAUUUCGCAAUGUCACAGACGCAGGCGCCGGCACCGACAGAUCUGUUCCCACCCCUUUUCGACUUUUCACCAUCGUCUGCGAGCGAUCAGUCCAUGUCUUCAAUGUCGACUCCUUCUUUUGGCGGCUCUCCCAUCCCUGAAUUUCUGCAUAUCGACCCAACUCAGACGCAGCAUGAAUUGUUUCACCAGGAACUGUUUCCCGAGGGAGACUCGGCCCUGUAUUGGGAGUAG